AAAGACUAAAAUACAUAAAAAGGAUGAAGCGUAAUACGACGUCGUAGUCAAGUCUCAGCUCCCAACCCUUUGAAAACGGUUCAGUUACAACAAGUCUCACGCUUUCACUUCCCAAAAGCUAAAAGCUUCAAGCUUCCUCCUUUAUUUUCUCAAACAUUUGUUAAGAGAAUUGGGAUCGCUUCUUAGGGUUUCCACCACGAGCUCUCUCAAUCUCAGGGAUUGUGUAGACUCAUCAUCAUGUCUGGUGGAACUCCGCGUGGUGGCGGCGGCUACAUUAGGCAAAGGCACAGCCAAGGUUAUGCUUCUGGUGGGGAUGAUCUUGAGGACGAUGCUUGCUCUAGGCACCAGCCUUUCUCCCUCGAGAGUCCUAGGUGUAAGACUUGGGUCGAGGUUCUGGAGAAUGUGCUUUGGAUUGCCUCUGCUGUGUUCAUCGUUUAUUUUGGAGACAUGCACUCCAAUAUGAUCUACAUCUUAUUACACGAUGCUCGGAUCAAAAGGAUGCCUUUGUAUUUGGGGAUGUUGGGAAUAGGUGUGAACGUUGUGAUCAUAAUCUACGAAAGUAUGUUGUCGUGGAGCAUGAGGAGGUUCGAUGAGAAAUGGGAGCUGUGGAGUAUCUCUGCUCUGCCUUUCAUCACCCUCCUUGGCAUCAUUUCGUUCUGCCUGCUCUCCUUUGCUCUGUGGCCUAUAUGGGGAUUCUUGACUCUCCCUCUUCUGUUCACAUUGUUCAUGGCAUGCCUAGUUGUGUUCCCACAUCUGACAAUCAUCAAACUCAGGCCUCAAAACGAAGAACUUCGCAUAGAUUGAGAGAAUUGGAGUUAGUUACUGGGAGAGUGAGUGGAUGGAUACCCCUUUCUGUCUUCUUUUCUUGUUGAGAAGUGAAUAAGUGUGAAGAGGAAAGGGAAUGUGGGUUGGUUUGAGGUAUAUAUAGAUGAUAGAUAUAGAUGAACUCAUUGAUGAUGAUCUAAAAGUGAGAGGGAUCUUUUUUUUCUUCUUCUUAAUGUCUUUUUGAGUCUCUUGAGAGUACAUUUGGUUCAUGUCUUGUUUCAUUUCCAAAUGCAGUGAAGUGAAAAAACAUUCUCAAUCA